AAGAGCUUUGCUGUGUUAAUUGAAAUCUGAAUUUUGUUCAACUAAUAAGCAUCUGGAUAUUUUCGUCGGUGGCUUUUUGUCGUUUCUUUUUAGUCUCCCCUCCCCAUGCAGUAAGGGCUACCUAGCUACCAGUUCACAAAAAAAGCUUCGUCGUUGAACGCCCGCCCAAAGUCGAAGCUAGUCGCCUUUGUCCGCUAGUUUCCGCACCUGCUUUCCAGCCAGGGUCCCCCGCCACAGAAAAGUCGACGAUCCCCCCAUCGAACCGGCAUCGCAUCGACUUGGUUUUUUUAUCAUCUUCUAUCUACCUACUCCAAGGCUCAACCCCAGAAUCCUCAAAAGCCCUUCUAGGACGAACGACCAUCACCAAACAUACGAGAUCUAGAAAAUCGCUCAAGAUGGUCUACGUACGCCAGGAGCAGCUCCCUGCGCUCAAGGAGUACAAGUACUCUGGUGUGGACCACUCGCUGCUGUCCAAAUACGUCCUGAAGCCCUUUUACACCAAUGUCGUCAUCAAAAUCUUCCCCAUGUCCAUGGCGCCGAACCUCAUCACCCUGACCGGAUUCACCUUUGUCGUCGCAAACCUCCUCACCCUGCUGUGGUACAACCCCACUCUCGACCAGGACUGCCCACCUUGGGUCUACUACAGUUGGGCGCUCGGCUUGUUUUUGUAUCAGACUUUUGAUGCCGUCGACGGCACGCAGGCACGCCGUACCCACCAGUCCGGACCGCUUGGCGAGCUUUUUGACCAUGGCGUUGACGCCGUCAACACUUCCCUCGAGGUCCUACUCUUUGCCGGUAGUCAGAACAUGGGCCAGAGCUGGUAUACUGUUGCUGUGCUCUUUUCAUCCCUCAUGACCUUUUACGUCCAAACCUGGGAUGAGUACCACACCAAGACCCUGACGCUCGGCAUCAUCAACGGGCCCGUCGAGGGCAUCCUGACCAUUGUCGUUGUCUUCAUCCUGACGGGCUACCUGGGUGGCGCCUCGUUCUGGCAGCAACCUAUGCUCCCGACCCUCGGUGUCCCGGUUUUCGACUUCCUCCCCAGCUUCCUGUACAAGCUCUCCUUCACGCAGGUCUGGAUGGUGCAGGGCACUCUGGUCCUGGUCCACAACACGAUCGAGUCGUGCCGCAACGUGAUCAAGGCCCGCCGCGCGCAGGGUGACCGCUCCCGCUACGCCCUCGUCGGCCUGCUCCCCUUCUUUGGCACGUGGGCCUGUAUCCUGGCGUACCUGUUCCUGCAGCCCAACAUCAGGCAGGGUCACCUGGUCCCCUUUGCGCUCUUUGCCGGCAUCGUCAACGCCUACUCGGUCGGGCAGAUUAUCACGGCCCACUUGGUCCACCUCAAGUUCCCGUACACAAACGUUCUGACCCUGCCCCUGGCCUGGGGCGUCGUCGACUCGCUCGGCCCCUGGCUGCUGUCCACCUUUGGCUUCGGCUGGCCCUCAGCCCUCGGCGAUGGCGUCUACCAGGUCGCCUUCAUGUUCUGCCUUCUCGGUAUGGCCAUCGGCGUCUACGGCAGCUUCGUCGUCGACGUCAUCGUCACCAUUUGCGACUACCUUGACAUUUGGUGCUUGACCAUUAAGCACCCUUAUGUCGAGGGACAGGAGAAUGGCAAGAAGACGAACUAA